AUCAUCUACUCUUUCAGAUGAAGCCAAACCUGGCAACUGGAUAUAUGUAUGUCUUCUGUUUCACAAGAAUAUUCCCAACUCCAUUACAUCACACAAAAAAUUAUAUGAAUUAGUACAUGAUUAAGGUGUAUAAAAGAUGGGUUGGUUUUGAAUUCAUACUUGAAAAGAGAUGGGUGUUUUGGAAAAUAUUGCAGUUUUCUUAGUAUGCUCUGUCUGUAUAUUCCUCCUCUUGGCGCUGAUUAGGUUCCUUCACAAAGUAUGGUGGACUCCUAUUCGCGUACAGUACAUCAUGAGGUCACAGGGAAUCAGAGGCCCUUCUUACAAAUUCCUCCAUGGAAACACCAAAGAGAUCUUCAACAUGAGAAGAGAAUCAAUGAGCAGACCACUUUGUGAUUUAUCACAUAACAUAUACCCCAGAAUUCUACCUCAUGUGCAAUCAUGGGUUAACAUAUAUGGGAAGAAUUUUCUCAAUUGGUAUGGUCCUCAAGCUCAGUUAGUUGUUACUGAAGCAGAGCUAGUCAAAGAAAUUUUGAACAAUAGAGAAGAUGCUUAUCCAAAAAUAGAGCUUGAAGGCUAUGCAAAGAAGCUAUUAGGAGAUGGGCUUUCAUCCUCAAAAGGCGAAAAGUGGGCAAAGCUAAGGAAAUUGGCGAACCAUGUUUUUCACGCCGAGAGCCUGAAAAGUAUGAUUCCAACAAUGAUCACAAGUUCUGAGAUGAUGCUAGAAAGAUGGAAAAAUUACGAAGGAAAAGAAAUCGAAGUGUUUGAAGAAUUCAGGAUAUUAACAUCAGAGGUCAUCUCCAAGACAGCUUUUGGGAGUAGUUACUUGGAAGGAAAGAGUAUAUUUGAGAUGUUGAUGAAGUUGACUCUCAUAAUUUCCAGAAAUGCUCACAAAAUCAGGUUUCCUGGCAUCAGUCAGCUAUUAAAAAGCCGCGAUGACAUAGAAUCAGAGAAACUUGAGCAAGGUAUAAGAGAUUGCAUAACUGAGAUUAUAAAGAAAAGAGAGACGUUGAAGAUUGGAGAAGUAGAUAGCCCAGAAACUGAUUUUCUUGGGAAAUUGUUGGAGGCUAAUCAUGAAUCAGACAAGAGCAAAUGGAUUUCAGUAGAAGAUAUGGUUGAUGAGUGCAAGACCUUCUAUUUUGCUGGACAUGAAACAACUACAUCCUUGCUUGGAUGGACUAUUCUUCUUCUAGCUGUCCAUACAGAUUGGCAAGAGAUAGCAAGGAAAGAGGUGCUGGAGUUGUUUGGCCUGAAAACACCCAACACAGAUGCCUUCUCAAGACUCAAAAUUAUGAACAUGAUUGUUGAAGAAUCUCUAAGACUGUACCCUCCGGUACCUGCCAUUAAAAGGAAAGUUGAGAAGGAAGUUCAACUAGGGAAGCUAGUUCUUCCACCUCAGAUGGAACUGUAUAUUUCACCAUUAGCUCUUCACCAUGACCCUAAAAUAUGGGGAGAAGAUGUCCACCUUUUUAAACCAGAGAGGUUUGCAGGAGGGGUGGCUAAAGCCACCAACAAUACUGCAGUUGCAUUUCUGCCAUUUGGAUUUGGACCGCGAACUUGCGUGGGCUUGAACUUUGCAAUCAUCGAAGCAAAGAUUGCACUUUCGAUGAUUCUGCAACGAUAUAUGUUCACCCUCUCACCAACUUACGUCCACUCCCCAAUUCAGCUUUUUAUGGUUCGUCCACAGCAUGGAGUUCAAGUCAUAAUUCAUGCAAUUUGAGUGUCUAUAUAUGAAAGUUGUUAGUAUAAAUGUGAAUUGGGUGAAAAAAUAAACUUUCACUAGUACAAUCAAAUUGUGAUAGAACUCUGUUUAGUUAUGGGAAGUAAUAUGAAAGAGUACAUAUGAAUACUGCAAGAAACCGUGUGAAGAAGUGGAGACUAUUGAUGAUUUAUAUAAAAAAUGAAGUGAGCUACACCAGUAUGUUAUGGUA